AUGAAAUCAAUUACUUUGUUUUUAUUUGCAUUGAUUGCAAUUAUUGCAAUUGUUAAUGGACAGUCACCAAACAUUGUACCAUUACCACAAUCAUUAAAUUAUGGCUCGACUAGUGUGUCGGUCAACCCAGCAGCCUUUAAGAUUGCCACCACUUCAUCGUCGACCUUGUUGGGCGUGGCCAUCAAGAGAUACCAAGGCCUCUUUUUCUUGUUUGACGGAGCCGUCCAAACAGCCCCAGCCCUCACCCUCAACGUGCAAGUCGCCAGCGACAACGAAGACCUCUACCUCGGAGUCGACGAGUCCUACACGAUCGUUGCCAACACGGGUUCGUUGACUUUGAGCGCCAACACUGUGUUUGGAGCCAUGCGUGGUCUCGAGACCUUUGCCCAACUCAUCUCAUACGAUCCAAUCGGCAACGCCUACUCGAUCCCAUACACCCCCAUCAAGAUUGUCGACAGUCCCCGUUUCCCAUGGCGUGGGUUCAUGGUCGACUCGGCCCGUCACUUUUUGCCCAAAAACUUUAUCCUCCAUAUCAUCGAUGCACUCGGUUUCAACAAGUUUAACGUACUCCACUGGCAUUUGGUCGAUGCUGUAUCGUUCUCGGUUCAGUCUACCACUUACCCCAACUUGACCAAGGCUGCCUACUUCCCAACCGCCAUCUACACGCACGACGAUAUCGAAGAGGUCGUUGCCUAUGCCAAGACCUACGGUAUCCGUGUGAUUCCCGAGUUUGACAUUCCAGGCCACACUGGAUCAUGGGGUGUUGGUUAUCCCGAGCUCCUCGCUUCCUGUCCCAACUAUGCUGCCAACGUCAACAACCUCGCACUCAACCCAUCGCUCCCAUACACCUACAACUUCCUCCAAAACUUGUUUGCCGAGAUGACCACUGUCUUCCCAGACGAGUACUUCCACGUAGGUGGUGAUGAAGUCGUCUUUGGAUGCUGGCAGGAGGAUCCAUCCAUUGUCCAAUGGAUGAACAACAACAACUUUAACCUCGUCGACGUCGAACAAUACUUUGAAGACCAACUUGACACCAUCCUCGGUACUCUCAACCGUACUAAAUUAAUGUGGAAUGAUCCAUUCCAAAAUGGUGUAAACAUUAAACCUGGUACUCUUAUUCAAAUUUGGGAUAGUUAUUCAAUUGUACAACAAAUUGUUGAUGCAGGAUUUAAGGCAUUAGUUUCAACUACAUGGUAUUUGGACAAGCAAGAUCCAGCCAACAACAUUCACUAUGAAUGGCAAGAUACUUGGAGAGACUUUUAUGCUGCCGACCCAUACAACAACAUCACUACCAACCAAGACAAUAUCAUUGGUGGUGAAGCUUGUAUGUGGGCUGAACAAGUCCAUCAAUUAAAUUGGGACGUUAGAGUAUGGCCACGUAGCAUUGCCAUUGCCGAAAGAUUGUGGUCUGACCAAUCUGUCAACAACCCAGUCACUGCCCUUCCACGUAUCGAACAAUACACCUGUUUGCUUGGCAAUAGAGGUGUUGCUAGUGGUCCAUUAAUGCCAGACUUUUGUUACAUGUCAAAUGAUUUCUCUGGUCCUUUGGUUAAAGCUAUCGAUCCACUUCCAAAGCAUUUAAUCAAAAAAAUCCUUGGAAAGAAUUAA